UUUUUUUUUGAGGCCAACAUCGCCCAAAAUGCUUCUCGACGAGGAUCCAGCUACUCUCAUCCGCGCUACAAUUUCCAACUUCAACAUUGCACCCGACAAAGCCGCGCUGUCGCGCGUUAAUGACUCGUUAUCCACCCUACAACAAUCCCGUGAGCUUCGCAUUCGAGACGCAGAGACUGCGCUGAGAAAAUUAUCUCGCAAAUUGGCCACGCUUUCCUCUCAACAUCGCGAAGUGCUCUCUAGCCAUGACAGCGGCAGACAUGCCAGUGAGAUAGUACAACUCGAUACCAAGAAGUUCCGGGUCGCCAAACAGGCCUCGGAGGUAGAAGCAGAGAGCGAGAGACUAGAAGCCGAACUUGAGCGAUUGAAGAUACGACUGUGCUCGUUGGAAGAGCAAGGUGUCGAGGGUGACGAGAAUACACGGCAAGCCCGGGAGGUUGAUGAUCCCACCAUAUUGCGUCUUUGGCUAUACAGAUCACUCGGCAUCGCGCUGGAGCAGGACGAGGCAGGGAACUACAAUAAGGCGACAAUUGCAAACACGAAGAAAGGCGAUGUGCAUGUUGUCAACAUCGAUCCCAAAUUCUCGAAGUGGUUUUACGCAGACUACUUCUGGCAAACGAUGCAAGGCUGAUGUUCACGACCCGUCACGAACUUAAUGAGCACAAAGCGAGGAGUCUUGGUCUGGGAACAAUUGGGAUGAUUUUGUCUUUAGCAUGAAGGUCGUUUGCAAUUCCGAAAUACACCACUAUGUCAGGAUGGGUGAAAUGGAAAGCUGUCGUUGCCCAAGCUCCAAUUUGAAGUUGUUUUUGGCUGCUAGAUCUACGUCGAUACCUUGGGUCCUGUUCCUGGUUUACAGCGCCAGACUGAACAUCCUGCUUCGUCCAAGUACUAUACAACUACACAAGCACCAUUGCAGCCGUCCUUGAGUCAGUUGGCUUGGAUACCACCACUUGCGCUGCUGAGAGUCUGCCUCAAUAUUUUAUCUCCAUUUUAUUGCCUCA